CGGAGGCUGCGAAACUUGGGGGAGUGUGAAGAGACUGCGGGAGCGCACGCAGCGACACUGCGACUCGGGGCGCUAGUCCCGGGCAGGGGGAGCAGAAGCCGGCCGGGUAGGUUCCCCGCGGGGAGGCGUGCAUCUGAGUGGGUCGCUAUGUGGGGUUGCUGUGUUAGUUUUUAGGGUUGUUGCAGGGAGAUGGAUUGUACAUGCGAGCAGAAAGGAUGUAGGGUCGACGUGCAGGAGGACGGGUGUACGGUGCCGCUUUGGGCUUGGGAGGUAGCAGUUGGAGCGGAAUGAGGACCCAGAUCGGACUGGAGUCCGCUGGACGCCGGAGGGGCGGGGGGCGGGGUGAGGGGGAGUGUCUGUGCAAGGUGGAAGCCGCAGGGGUUGGGGUUGGGGUUGGCGCCGGCAGUGAGGACUUGUCCAGCAAGCAGCUGGACUUAGUUCAGUCUCCCAGGGUGCCCAAGUAGGCACACGGUGCUCUGGACUUGGGUGCUGAUGAGGUUCUCUGGUGCUGGGAUCCAUCGGACUCUUAUCCAGGCUCAGAUUUCCAAAAGGGUCUCUUUUCUCCCAGCCUGGGAAGUCUCCUCCCAUAAUUGCUUACUUAAUACUUUAGGGAGUGUGGCUUAGUUUGCAGGGAUCCCCACCUCGAAGUUUCUUUCUGUCUGGGUUAUAUCAGGAGACCUCUGGAUCACCAAAGGGAAUGGUUAACGUUGGUAGCUGAACUGUGGAGGGGGUGCUUGCUGUGUGUUGGAAUAAGUGAGUCUUCUUAGGGGCAGGGGCAGGGUCUCUGGAAGCAAGAGGAGUGUUGCUUUAGCUGUGGCUUGGAGAGUGUGUGUGUCUGUGUGUGUGUGUGUUACUACUCCAGCCCCACAUGCUGAUCACCUCUGUGCCCCUCCCCCCAUAGUAUCUGUUGGAUCUCACAGGUAGGGUGCAGCCUCAGGCUUGUUCAGUAUAACAGGUGCAAACCACCUUGUUGCCAGGACCUGCCUGAAGCCGGAUUCUACCCGGUCCUUCCUUUAACCCCGCCUCUUCCUCCUCCUCUCUGUGGGACUGCUCCCUGCCCCCCAUGGGGCUGGAUGUAGGUCCUGUGUUGUUAAGUACCUGCACAGUCUGGAAGCUGAGGCGGGGAGGGGGGAACAGGUUAGUGGGGGUUGAUCCGGAUGUGGGACGUCCAAGUGGAGAAACAGGAUUUGAAUAAGGCUGGAACACCCAGCCCUGUGUGGCUGCCGUUCUCCUCCUCCACCCCAACCCAUCCCUGCCCAGGCUUUCCUAGUGCUGGGAGACGUGGCUACCAUUAUCUCAAGCAGGUGCCCAGGGUUGCACACGUAUUGAUGGGUGCUUUCAGGUGGGUGGGGCCAGAGCUCCCGAGGGGCUCUACUGAUUGAGUUGGUCGUGUGUCAGGCUAGGAGUGGAGCUGCCCCAUGCGGGGUCCAUGAAGGUGGGAUAAGGGCUUGGACCAGAGGACUCCCUGGGCUCUUGACCAGGGGGUAGUGACAGCCUUUGCCCUCAUCUGCUGUACCCCUUCAUUCAUGGUACUGUGUUCCAGCUUGAGUUCUUACCCAGCUCCCCCCUCCACUGGUGAGGCCAGAGUUAUGCAGACCCCAGGCAACGAGUGGGGAGAGGGACUGUCCUGGAGCCUCCUCUGCAUUAUUCUGACCAGUCUCUGAAUUUAAGAAACCCCUCAGUAAUGCCAUCCCUCUUCCUGCAGGCCCCUCAUGGUUGCAGGUGAGCAGCCCCCUUUGCCGGAGCCCCUGGAUUCUUGAGGGUACAGACAUGACCUUAAUGCAGGGACCCAGGCAGGGGCAGGCUCCUCUCCUUCCUGCAUAACCACCUGCAUAACUCUGCUGGACUCUGAGUAUUCUCUCUCUCUGUUUUUUUUUUUUUUUUAAUGGUAGAUAUGAGAACUAAUUCAAUGCCUUAUCAUAUUUUGUAAGAGGUAAUAAUUUAGUAGACAUCUUUAUUUCUGUUAGCAAGGAUGAAUCUGUACUCAAGCUCAGAAAUUUAGAUGUGUAAUUACAAGGGGGAAAAUACAUGUUGAAGAGAAAUUAAGGAUUUUAGGCAUGAGAGCACUCAAAACAGAGUCAUUUUAUCUUUUUGUUUUUUUAGCGUUCUCUUAUAAAAAGAACAGGAAGGGGAGAAGUACUUAAGGGGUAGCAGGGAAAUUUCUCUCAGGGACUGUCCAUUCUCCUGGAAGACUGGGGGCUGAUCUCUCCCCUCCUCUCCCCUUCGGUCUCUCCAGCAUAUGGCUUUUAAAGAUCUGGAGCCAGGUUCCCUGAUCCCUUAGAGAGCUGGGAACUUGGUGGGGAGGCCUGGGUUCCUUUCCUCUUUGCUUCUGAGAGCAUCCCUGACAGCAGCAAAGAGUGGGUGCCCAGCCCCAGAUGGCAGGACUGAGGUACGGGUGAGAUUGGCAGCCAUUGCUCAGUCUGUCGGGUGGAGGUGGGGAGGGGGGCAGGCUCAAGGAUGGCUGCAUCGCCCCUUAGGCUGCUUUCUUAGACAGGGCAGACUCUGGGCCUUCACUUCCAGCCCCUCUUUGUGAUCCAAGAUGCCUUCUUCCCAGGUUCUGGGGGGGAAGGAGAAGAAGGGAUUUUGCAGAAGCCUGGAUUGUGCCUGGGAAUAUUCCCAGGAAGUGCUUGGCUGGAGAAAUAACGUAUCUGCUCCUGGGGACUGGGCAUAAGGCUUUGCAUGGCUGCCUCUCCUAUCCACCCUUCUCCCAGUCCCCACCUGGUAGAGGAAGGGCAUGGGGCUGGAGGAACACUGCUUCCUCCUGUUCCAGCAGAGAAAUGCUGGCCGGAUGCCCUCCUGAGGGUUCCCAGGCCGACUGGGGUGUGGCUGGCCUUCUGACUGAGCCCACUCUCGCUGGGCCACUGCCCGGGCACUUUGUGGCAUGUAGGUUGAGAUGGUGCUCAGCUCAGGGGUGAGGAUCCUAGGUUCUGUGUUUGGUCAUGGCCCUAAGACCUCAGUGUCCCAACUCUUGUCUGGGAUUCCUGCCACCUGGUUGCCCUGGGGCCUAUACUUUGAAACGAGGCAUCAGGCUUCUCACACUGACUCUUCCCCUCCCCUUUCUUGGCUUUUCUCCCACAUCAGAGAUGCCCUGUAUCCAAGCCCAAUAUGGGACACCAGCACCAAGCCCAGGUGCCCGUGACCACCUGGCAAGUGACCCCCUGACCCCUGAGCUCAGCAAGCCUACCAUGGACCUGGCCAGCCCUGAGGCGGCCCCUGCUGCCCCCACUGCCCCCACUGCCCUGCCCAGCUUCAGCACCUUCAUGGACGGCUACACAGGAGAGUUUGACACCUUCCUCUACCAGCUGCCAGGAACAGUCCAGCCGUGCUCCUCGGCCUCCUCCUCAGCCUCCUCCACGUCCUCAUCAUCAGCCACCUCCCCUGCCUCUACUUCCUUCAAGUUCGAGGACUUCCAGGUGUAUGGCUGCUACCCAGGCACCCUGAGCGGCCCGCUAGAUGAGACCCUGUCCUCCAGCGGCUCCGACUACUACGGCAGCCCCUGCUCAGUCCCGUCACCAUCCACGCCCAGCUUCCAGCCGCCCCAGCUCUCUCCUUGGGAUGGCUCAUUUGGCCACUUCUCACCCAGCCAGACUUAUGAAGGCCUGCGGGCAUGGACAGAGCAGCUGCCUAAGGCCUCUGGGCCCCCUCAGCCCCCAGCCUUCUUCUCCUUCAGCGCCCCCACUGGACCUAGCCCCAGCCUUGCCCAAAGCCCCCUGAAGCUGUUCCCCUCACAGGCAACCCACCAGCUGAGGGAGGAUGAAAGCUAUUCCAUGCCCACAGCUUUCCCAGGCCUGGCACCCACCUCUCCACACCUUGAUGGCUCAGGGAUGCUGGAUGUGCCCGUGACCUCAGCCAAGGCCCGGAGUGGGGCUCCCAGUGGAAGCGAGGGCCGCUGUGCUGUGUGUGGGGACAACGCUUCUUGUCAGCAUUACGGCGUCCGCACCUGUGAGGGUUGCAAGGGCUUCUUCAAGCGCACAGUGCAGAAAAACGCCAAGUACAUCUGCCUGGCCAACAAGGACUGCCCUGUGGACAAGAGGCGGCGAAACCGCUGCCAGUUCUGCCGCUUCCAGAAGUGCCUGGCUGUGGGCAUGGUGAAGGAAGUUGUCCGGACAGACAGUCUGAAGGGGAGGCGGGGCCGGCUCCCCUCAAAACCCAAGCAGCCCCCAGAUGCCUCCCCUGCUAACCUCCUCACUUCACUGGUCCGGGCGCACUUGGACUCAGGGCCCAGCACGACCAAACUGGACUACUCCAAGUUCCAGGAGUUGAUGCUGCCCUACUUUGGGAAGGAAGAUGCUGGGGAUGUACAGCAGUUCUACGACCUGCUCUCGAGUUCCCUGGAGGUUAUCCGCAGGUGGGCCGAGAAGAUCCCUGGCUUUGCCGAGCUGUCACCCGGCGACCAGGACUUGCUGCUGGAGUCGGCCUUUCUGGAGCUCUUCAUCCUCCGCCUGGCCUACCGGUCCAAGCCCGGCGAGGGGAAGCUUAUCUUCUGCUCAGGUCUGGUGCUGCAUCGGCUGCAGUGCGCCCGCAGCUUCGGCGACUGGAUCGACAGCAUCCUGGCCUUCUCACGGUCCCUACACAGCCUGGUCAUCGAUCUCCCUGCCUUUGCCUGCCUGUCUGCUCUCGUCCUCAUCACCGACCGACACGGGCUGCAGGAGCCACGGCGGGUGGAGGAGCUGCAGAACCGCAUUGCCAGCUGCUUGAAGGAACACGUCUCAGCCAUGGGGGGUGAGCCCCAGCCGGCCGGCUGCCUGUCCCGCCUGCUAGGCAAGCUGCCCGAGCUGCGAACCCUGUGCACCCAGGGCCUGCAGCGCAUCUUCUACCUCAAGCUGGAGGACUUGGUGCCCCCUCCACCCAUUGUUGACAAGAUCUUUAUGGACACGUUGCCCUUCUGACUUCAGCCUGGGAACAUGCGUGCACAAGCGUGUGCGCUCGUACACCACCCCACGUGCCUUUAACCCAUGACCCAUGAACCCCAGAGCACCGCCCCCCAGAGCUGGGCUUGAGCUGCAGACCGACUGACCUCCUCUUUUGCUCUAGGAGGUCGGCAGGGAGCUCAGGCCCUGGGGGUGGGGGGUGCAUUCGUGGGAGUGACCCCUACUAUUUGUCUUACCCCUAGCCCACCCCUGGCCUUCAUGUUUUUGUAAGAUAAACCAUUUUUAACACACACCGCCAUGCUGUAAAUAAGCCAAAUGCUGCUGUAAAUACAGGAAGGAAGAGGUUGAGGUGGGAGUCGGGGUUGGGAAGAAGGGGGCCCCCCACCUGCCUGGGCUAGUCUUUUCCAGCCGUCUUCUACUUGCUUUCUCUUCCCAGCCUCCUUCCACAUGUACAUAAAUGUCACUCUAGGAGGAAGACAAAUGACAGAUUCUGACAUUUAUAUUUGUGUAUUUUUCUGGAUUUAUAGUAUGUGACCUUUCUGAUUAAUAUAUUUAAUAUAUUGAAUAAAAAAUAGAUAUGUAGCUGAAACUG